AUGUUUCUGGAUCGUCUACGUACUGCGCAGCCCAACAGCGCGUGCGUGGAGUCCUUCGACGUUACCGCCCUUUAUACAAAUGACUCCGCAAUGCAAGCCAUAUUCGAACUCCUUACACAACAUGAAGGAGAAAUGAACAUGUAUGGCUUCAAGAUAGAGCACCUGAUGGCACUCUUAAAAGAAUGCUUGAGCUGCUCAAUCUUCAGAUGGUCUGGAAAGUACUACGCUCAAAUAAGAGGAUUGGCAAUGGGACAACGACUGGGUCCAAGCCUUGCCAUUGCAUUUAUGUCUAAGGUGGAAGCACCGGUGACUGCUACUCUACUGUAG